AUGGCUGAGUACAUGAAUAUUUUUGCUCCUGUUGAGUCAACAGGAAAUUAUAAAAUUCUUUAUAGGUUUACCCAAACUCAAAUUGAGGCCUUAACAGAUUAUUUUUUUCAAAGUAGUGAUACUUUUCGGGGUGGUCGUUUAUCUAAUAAAACCAGAAUGAUGGUUUUUCUACGAUUCGUUGCUGAUCCUGGUUUCCAAAGUGGAAUUGCCGAAGAUUUCGGAAUCGACCAAAGUUCGGUAUCUAGGAUCAUCAUCGAAGUCGGUGAAAAAAUUGUAAGGAAAAAAGAGGACUGGAUUAAAUUUCCGAAUACGUUGGAGCAGACAGAUGCCGAAAAAGUAAUUUGGCUAAAUAAGUAUCAAUUCCCAUCCUGCAUUGGAGCAAUUGAUUGCACUCACGUGCGCAUUAAAAAGCCUAUCCGUCACAGUGAUGAAUUUGUAAAUAGAAAAGGUUUUCAUUCAAUAAAUGUUCAAGCGACAUGCAACGGAGCGGAACUGUUUACGAGUGUUGACAUCUCUUGGCCAGGGUCAGUACAUGAUUCGAGAAUCUUUAAAAAUUCUGAAAUUUACCAAACUCUCCUUGAAAGUUCAUCAACUAUACUCAUUGGCGACGAGGGCUAUGGAAUUACUCCGUUUUUAAUGACUCCGUACUGGAACCCUGUCAGUGCCGCUGAAGUUAACUUUAACAAUAUUCUAACGCAAGAAAGAGUUAUUAUUGAGAGAGUAUUUGGCCAGCUUAAACAAAAAUUUCCUUGUCUGCAAUAUAAAUUAAGAGUGGCAACACGCAACGCACCAAAGGUAAUAAUGUCGUGUUUUAUUCUGCACAACAUUUCAAAAGCAUUCCAGGGUGGGGAUGAAAAUGAGGAAAACCAGAUGGAUGCUCCAAUGGAUAUAGAAGAAGAAGAACAUACCCCUCUCUUUCCCCCCAAUGACACAUCAAGGAGAGAUUCUCUUCUCAGAGUAGCUGGUCAGAGCAAAAGAAACGAAAUUGCGAGGCUUUUGCUCAACCAAAACCGUUAG